UUGGCAGUUUGCUUUGCUGAUGUAGAUGUAAAAGCGAAAACUUUCCAUUAUCUAUCCAAUCCAUAUUCACUCGCAAUUUAAGAUUUGUGUUUUCGCAGGAACUUUCUUCUUUUAAAAUUUAUUAUUUUUUCCAACAAAAAAGAAACACCACACCGAACAAAUGGCAGCAAAUGCAAUGAUGAAGGUUGGAAAAAUACCAAAUCCUCUAAACAUAUCCACCUUGUUUUUCGAUCUCGAUAAUACGCUAAUUCCGACACGAAAAGGUGACUCAAAGGCCUGCAGAAAGCUUGGAGAGCAAUUAGAGAGUGCAUACAAAUUUGUUCCUGGUGAAGCCUCACAAGUUACUGCAAAAUUUCUACAAUCGUUUCGGCGCUGUCCCGACAAUCCGCAAACAUCAUUAGAUUCAUGGCGUUCUUACCUAUGGCGUGAUGCUCUACCUGAACGUUUUAAGCAUUUGGCCGAACAGAUAUAUGCACAAUGGCUUCACCUUCGCUAUCGUUAUCUAGCUAUUCCACCAGACUAUGUACAAAUGUUAAAGCAAUUCCGUUCAUCCGGUUACUUACUAGCGCUUAUCACAAAUGGUCCAUCAAAUGCCCAAUGGGAGAAAGUUAAGAAGCUAAAUGUGAGCCAAUACUUUGAUUGCGUUUUAGUUUCCUCGGAUUUGCCAUGGGAGAAGCCCAAUCCUAACAUUUUUCUGGCCGCCUGCAAUUAUCUUCACGUAAAACCAGCAGAAUGCGUUAUGAUUGGUGAUAAAAUUGAAACUGAUGUACAGGGAGGAAAAGCAGCUAAUCUAGGAGCCACCAUCUGGGUACCAUUAAAUCCAAACGUCUUUGAAGACCUAGACGCUGAGUUCAAAGACAACGAGCACAUGAGGCCAGAUUUGAUUCUUCAAAAUCUAUGUGACAUGAAGCAGUACUUCCCCAAGUGUAAGAGUGAAAUGGGUUCUUCCAAUGGAGGCAGCUCAUCAAAGUUCCCACAUGCAGAUUGUUCAUCAUCGAGUCAUACAAUGCGUCGAAUAAAUAGCCAAGUGGGCGUGAGCUCAACGCGAAAAUAUCAAGCUUACCGUCGGGGUGUUUCCCUGCCGGACAUUGAUUGCAGUAGUGAAAACAGCUGUGAUAGUAUCUUCAGCUGAAUCAUAUGAAGACAAAACAACAAAGCUAACUAAAUAACUAAGUAGUGUUAUAUAAAUUUGAGCUCAUACGAGUAUAUACUAAAUUAAGACAAUGGUUUUUAGGCAGGUUGCACAAAAUACGACUCUCUUGUGUUAAAGAUAAUGAAACCAUUCUAUGUACACAGUCAACCGAGCUUCCACUGUCAAAGACCUUAGCUUCUUAUGUUAGGAAACUAUCGCAAUAAGUUUAAUUCACGAAAAAAUUAAAAUGCGCAUGAAUAUCUCUUAGAGUAAUGCACAAUAUUUUCGUAUAUGUUAACAAAAAUAAGCAUUGUGUGAUUUUUUUCUUUUCAUAAAUUAAAUCAUCAUAUUGUGAAAGAAAAGUACAAAUAAUUUCCUCCGCAUUGUUGUUAUAAAACUAAGAACAGGGACUUUAAAUUUAAUCACUCAUUAGCCAGGGUCUAAUAAGUAUUUUUGUACAUUUUUACGAAAGGUUUAAAGCGCAGAAUCAUUUUAAAGUAAGUUCUCAUAGAGUAAGAGAUUUGGAGUACGAAUUAAUUUUUAUUUCAUUUCAUGUAUUGUUUUAAAGUUAAAGUACAUAAAGUAGAAUGUAAACAAAUAAUACAUACCUAUAUUAGUAUGUCUGUAAAAAAAAAAAAAAACUGUAUAAUAGUAAGGAACUUAUGACCUGCGAACAUGUACCUUGAUCAAUGUUAGAAUAAAAAAUAAUGGAAAAUGCUUUCGGGAAUAAUUUUAAUUUACUUUUAUUUUAUGUGUGUAAUUUACUUUGUUUAUACUUUGAUGGAGCCAAAAAUAAAAGUUGUCUGAAAAUGUUUUAUGAAUUAAAUUUUA